AUGCAAGGGGAGGGCAACAGGCGAGCAGCAGGCGAGGGGAGCACCAGGGCGGGCAGCAGGAGCGCAGGCAGCGGUUCAGCAGCGCCGGCCUCAUCAACGGUUGAGGUUGCAGUAUCGUCCCUGCCACCACACUCCACUCGAGCGCACUCCCCCUCAGGCAAGCCCAAGGCAAGGGGAGGGCAGCAGGCGAGCAGCAGGCGAGGGGAGCACCAGGGCGGGCAGCAGGAGAGUGGGCAGCGGUUCAGCAGCGCCGGCCUCAUCAACGGCCUUCACAAGCCAGGGGGAGGGCAGAAGGCGAGCAGCAGGCGAGGGGAGCACCAGGGUGGGCAGCAGGAGCGGGGGCAGCGGGGCAGCAGCGCCGGCCUCAUCAAUGGUCGAGGCCUUCACAAGCCAAGGGGAGGGCAGCAGGCGAGCGGAGCACCAGGGCGGGUAGCAGGAGCGCGGGCCCCUCCCCUGUGGCCGUGCAGGGAGGAGGCACCUGGAGGAGGGCUGCUGCGGAGGGAGGCAGCUGGUGGUGCUGCAGCUGCCUUGAGCUCGCCCUCACGCUAUCAGCUCGUUCCUGCCACAAUCACUUGUUGGUGUGAGUCUCUGGUGCUGCUUACUCAUCUGCUUCGCCCUUGCUUGCCCCACGUCCUGCACUCACUCUCAACGCAGCAGAGGCAGCUCAGUGGCACAUUGACGGCACCAGUUGCGGCGGCAACAGCAGCAGCAGCAGCAGCAGCAGCAGCAGCAGCAGCAGCAGCAGCAGCAGCGGUGGUGGCGGCAGCAGUAGCAGCAGGGGAGGGGAGGGAAGGAGUCAACAUCUUCAGCUCCCAGCUAAGUCACGUGGCAUCAAGCCAAGAGUGCAGCAGAGGAAGCAGAGUAGCAGACCGGCAGCAGCAGUCGCAGCAGCAGAAGCAGCAGCGCAGCAGCAGUGGCGGGUGGGGGGCAGGACAGGGGAUUAGGCUAGGCAUGGUGUGA